AUGCGCUCCUCCACCCCCCUCUUCAUUCUCUCCGCGACUAGCACCCUCGCCGCACUAACCCCAACCUGGGCCAAACUUGCCCUCUCCCUGAACCUCAUGGAAGCCAACCUGAACACGGACCGCAGCCGCAUCGACAAGCACUACAUCGACGCGAGCAAGCGGGCCGCCGACAACAAUGCCCUGAACACCACGCAGGGCGUUGUCGCCGACGCCCUUCUGACCAAACUGAUGGCGGCGAACGCUAUGCAGAUCAAGGCCUUGAGCGACCUGCGCAGUUACUUGUUCUACCCGGAAUCGAACCCGGAGGAAUACUACGGGGCGGCUAAACGGGGGGUGGAGAGUAUUGAUUUCGGGUUGCCGGAGGGUUUGUUAGAGACGCAGGGUGUGUUUAAUGACAAAGAUGAGGUGAGGGCUGUUAGUGAUAUUCCCGGGUGUGCUACUUGCGUUGUUGAUUGGUGA